CAAAUCUUGUUCCAAUGUAUCGAAAUCCAAACUGUGUAACACGUACUUGAUGUUCAAGUAGAUAAGUACAAUAAAUCUGAUUGCACAUAGCAUAUUUAUUUCAUUCAGCGUGCAUUUUUAAACAACUUUAAAAAUUAGCUAUCAAUCAAAGAGGACUCAUUCGUUUAUAUUUUAUGUACUUAUAUCAUUUUAUAGCAUUCUUGAAAAAUAUUUUUCUUGUCUUGAAACUAUUCCAUCUCAUCAUGGUUUGCCGGUUUUUAAUAUUUAUAUCUUGUUUUACUGUUGCUUUAAGUAAUACUAAUGUUGAAGUUAAAAACGAAGAAGAUUUAGGUGUUAAAUAUGCAAACCGGUGUGAAGUGUGCAAAAUUUUAGCUACAGAAUUGCAAAGUAGACUAGAAGAAACGGGUAAAAUACAUGAUGUGCUCGAAAUAGGAUACUCUCUAGAUGAUGUGCAACCUAAAAAAAGAACUAAAUAUCAAAAAUCUGAACUUAGGUUAAUUGAAUCUUUGGAAGGUGUUUGUGAAAAAAUUUUAGAGUACAAUAUACACAAAGAAAGACAGGAUAGUACUAGAUUUGCAAAAGGCAUGAGUCAAACAUUCAAAACAUUGCACGGACUUGUUGACAAAGGUGUGAAAGUUGAUUUAGGCAUUCCACUUGAAUUGUGGGAUAAACCUUCUGCUGAAAUUACACAUAUGAAAACUCAAUGUGAAAGUCUUCUUGAAGAAAAUGAAAGUGAAAUAGAAGAUUGGUAUUGGAAUUUACAAGGCAAAAUUGAUUUAAAGCACCACUUGUGCACAAACCAUGCUUUGAAAAACAUAGACAAUUCUUGCUUAUUUGAAGAUAUAAAAGGCGACUCAGGUGACAAGGAUGAGCUUUAAUUUAAUAAAUUUGAUAGUCUCAAAGCUUACCAGUGAUUUUAUGAUUAAUGUUUAGCUAACUUAUGAUAAUAUAAACCAUGUUAAGUUACUUUUGCUUUGUUGUUCUGUUAUGAAAGACAAACAGGUCAAAAAUAAUUGUUAUAUUUUGACUUUGGAAUUUAAGGAAUCUUAUUGCAUAGCACCAUUAGCAUUUCAAAAGUUUAUUUAGUUGAUAGUGAACUAGUAGUAUCUAAAAAUUAAAACAAUCCAGCUAUGUUAUGUUUGUUUUUAAUUAAAUUGUGUAGAUUCAAUACAAUAUUACUAAGAACAAAAGACUGUUGUAGAUUAUUCUAUACUGUGUUCUAUAAUUAAUUUUAAACUACAUACAUUUUAUAGUACAAUAUCUUCCUUUGUUCAGAUGGCAAUUUAUAAAUAAUUUACAACAAUGUUCCUUUUUAUUUUACUAUAGGAGUAAUAAUAUUAAUAUCAUAAAAAUUGUAUCAUGUAUGCUAUGUAAAACAUGAUGACUGAGUUAAAAAAAAUUAACACUUCAAGAAUAUGUUUUUUUGUGUAAUAUGUGUUAUUUGAUAAUCUGUUUUAUACUAACAUUACAGUACAGUAUUAUCAUUGUUGGGACAUUCCAGCAAUAUCAGAAUUCAACUUCCUUUCAUAUAAUGUUUCCAGCUGUAUCAAUAGAAGAAAUUGUAAUAAUAUUAGUUCUGAGUACAAUAAAAUGAUU